CUCCCAGCCUCAUUCCUGCAAACAGGUCCCUGCAAUAUCGUCGCUAACUAACAUCAAAUACAUAUAAUACCUUCUACAGUGCGAUUACAACAUUAUAUGUGAAUUACUACCGCAAACCGAUGUGAAGUUAUCCGACUGCUGAAUAAAAGUGUCGUACUCAAUAUAGGUUAUGUUGUUAAAAUAGUGCGUUUAAAAUCGUAUAAUACAUUGUAAACACCAUGGAGCACACUUUGGGAACCGGUUUGCAUAGAAGAACCUUUAUAAGCGCUCAUGUGGACGAAAUACCCAUGGACACUAUCAGACUAGUGUCCCCCAUCAAUAGGUUCGCAAUAUUUCAGGGUAACUUUAGUAGUGAUGACGAUGAUUAUCCAGAAAAACCAUACAAAGUGCGGACGAAGAUGAUAAUCAUAUCACUGGUAGUGCUCGUCUUCGUGUCGGCGCUGAGUGGAUACCUCAUCGGUAGUGGGGACUACAGGGCUUGGAAGAACUCCGAGCCCCCAGACCCUGUGGACCCCCUGCCGCCUUCUCCGUCGAUACUCCACGUGUUCCAGAAGGCAGCGGUGUGCACUGAUGCGCCUCAGUGCUCAGAGAUUGGCAGGGACAUCUUACAAAAGAAGGGGUCAGCGGUGGACGCAGCCAUCGCAGCGAUGUUCUGCAACGAGCUUCUGAACCAGCAGAGCAUGGGCCUGGGUGGAGGGUUCUUCAUGACGGUCUACAUCAAGGAUGAGGAGAAGGCAUACACUAUCAAUGCUAGGGAGAAGGCCCCGAUGGCUGCCACCACUGACAUGUUCCAUGGAAGCUCUGAUAAGGCGACUAAAGGCCCACUAGCGGUAGCUGUCCCAGGGGAACUGCGUGGGAUGUGGGCAGCGUACCAGCGGUGGGGCAGACUCCCGUGGGCAACUCUCGUUGAGCCAGUCAUCGAAAUCUGCAGAAAUGGCUUCGUGAUGUCCAAGCCUCUAUAUGACGGCCUAGAGAGCGCGCCCUUUAUCAAGAACGAUCUCCAUUUGAGGAAAAUGUACUUCAAUACCGACAAAGGCCAGUUCCACAGGCCAGGGACGCUGGUGAAACCGAGCGAAGCCCUCUGCAACACCUAUGAGAGGAUAGCCGAGAAAGGGGGAGAUGAGCUGUACAAUGGCAGCCUGGCUGGGGACCUCCUUGAUGAUCUACAGAGGGUCGGGAGCAUCAUCACUGCCGAGGACCUGAGGAAUUAUGAGGCAAUAAUCGAGCAGCCUCUGGAAGUACAACUCGGGAAUGGGGACGUACUCUACGCGCCCUCGCCCCCCAGCAGCGGCGCCAUCUUGGUCAAUAUCCUCAACAUCCUCAAGGGCUACAGGUUCAACGCUAGUAGUAUCAACACCACGGAGGACAAAAUACUGACGUACCACAGGAUAUUGGAAGCAUUCAAGUUUGCGUACGCGACGCGGACGAAGCUGGGAGACCCUGAGUUUCUGGAUUUGAAAGAACUGAUCGCCAACGCUGCAGACCCUGCGUACGGCGCAUCCAUUCGUCUCCGCAUCAACGACUCCUGGACCAGCAACGACACAGCUUAUUACGGCGCCGAACAAUACAACAAACCUGAUGCUGGCACUGCGCACAUUUCCAUCAUAGGCACCAAUGGAGACGCUGUGUCGGUCACCAGCUCCAUCAACUUCUACUUCGGCGCCGGCUUCUCAACGCUAAACACCGGCAUCGUAAUGAACAACGUGAUGGACGAUUUCUCCUCCCCGGGCAUCACCAACCACUUCGGCCUGCAGCCUUCCCCCGCUAACUUCAUCAAGCCAGGGAAGCGACCACUCUCUUCAAUGAGCCCCAGCAUCAUCAGAGAUAGGAAUGGCAACGCCAAAUUGGUUAUAGGUGCAUCCGGGGGGACGAAGAUCACGACAGCUGUAGCUUUGGUGGCAAUGCGCAAGUUGUGGUUCGGUCAGAACAUUAAACAGGCUGUGGACGAAGCCAGGAUCCACCACCAGAUCUUCCCAAUGGUGGUAGAGUACGAGUUUGGUAUUAUCGAGGACAUCCUGGAAGGAUUGAGGAAGAAAGGCCAUGGCCUGCUCCGCUAUCGAGGAAGAGGCUCCAUAAUCUGCGCGCUCUAUAGAAACCAAACCGGCAUUUAUUCUAACGCCGAUUUCCGGAAGGGAGGCGAUGUAGCGGGCAUCGACUGAAGAACCGAUUAAUUUACAGAUAGAAAAGUUGCCAUGGGUCAUAGCUGUUCUGUUAUCGACUAAAAAUCGUCAACUUUGUCCCCGACAACCUACCCAUAGAAAUAAUAAAUCCAUAGAAAUAAAAUAUCACCUACGAAUUUGACAUAUAAAAGCCGAAUUCAUAUGUAAAGCGCGCCCUUUUUAUAAUUUUUCUAAGUUUUAAGUGUUUAUCCUAAAAUAUGAAUCCUCAAGAUCGCCGUCUAUUUCUAUUGAAGGUGAUUAAGAAAGAAUAAGGUUUAUAUUACAAUAAAAUACAUUAUGGAUAUAAUAAUUCUGACCUAAAUCAUGAUUAGGUACAUAUGAUGAGGCCAUGUCAACUUCGUGCACAAAAUAACUCGUUGCUUGUUAAAUUCCCAACACUUACAGUAUUAUUUACGUUUUAAGAUCUUAAGAGAUUUGAUUGUUGUCACAAUUUAAAGUGAAUUCCGCUGAGUCCACACCGAGACAAUGUUGGCUUUCUUUUUUUAGAAUACUUUGAAAUCCAACAACAAAAAGAGACAACAUUAUAAAACUGCUGUAUUCAUACUCUCUGCUUGCGAUCGUUAGCCCAAUGUGCACGAUCUCAUAGACGGAACGAGGAUGGUACCUACCUAUAUCUGAUGGACUCUCUCAUCUAAAUUUGUUAAUAAAACAAAUUUGUUAGUAAAACAAAUUUAGAUGAGAGAGUCCAUCAGAUAAAGGUAGGUAUCAUUCUCAUUAAAAAUAUUUUAUGUACCUACAUUGUAAAUCAACAUACAAAGUGUACAUUCCAAUUUAUUUAUUAAUCAUGUUCCUAAUAAGUUGCAAAUUAAAAUUUGUAUACGAAAAAUAAUUUAGCAGAUUUAGUUUCUAUAGACAUUAAAAUAGCUAUUUAUUUGAAUAUUGAGUAAUAAGGUAAGCAUAAAUAAAUUUAAACAAAUGCAAAUUAUUAUCUACAACGUUUUAAGCAGAAUAGUUCAAUACAAUCAAAUGACAAUGACAAGUAUCUAUAAGAACCCCAUAUUUAUUCGUCUCAGAAUCGUGAUUGGCAAUAAAUGGCAUGAAGAAAAACAUACUUAAAUUGUACCUAGAAAUAAAAUACUUAUUUAAAUGUGAUAGUUAAAUUAGAUAGAUUUCAAAAAUCUAAUAACAUUUAACGAUUGGCUCGAAUGUCAACAUCAUUUUCUUCUAUAAAUAAUUCUUCAAUAUAAAUAAUAAUUAAUACAUAUAAAUAUAUAAAUAUAAAUUAUUUGCUUGAAAGAAGUUUAUUUUGCCCAUAUGUGUAGAAAUUAAGACAAUGCUUUAACGGCCCAAUAUCAUAUAAAAGUAGUUUGUUUAGAUUAUAUUUAGGACAAUAAAAUAUUCUAUCUAUAUGAUAAAAUCACUGUUACUUUCAACCGAAUUUAUAGUAGGUUAGGGUAGCAACAGCUAUUUCAAAUUCUGUAUGUAAACAUGUACAACAAGCGUUAGAAAAUAUUAUGUAACAUUCCAUAACGUUGCGUAGAACUUGACAUUGUUUUUUUUAAAUAUAAUACAAAUAAAAUCGGAUAUUUUAACUCGAUCAAAGUGAAUAAAAUAAAUUGGUCGUCACACUGUUAGUAUCCUCUGUGGUAUCCAGUAGUUCUGACGCCUAUCUACGACAAAAUAAUGUUUGAUAUUUAAAAACACUAGAAUAUGAAUAUUCUAAUUAAAAAAGUAAUUAUAUGGUACAUAAUAUUGUCACAAAUAGUUUAUAAAUUAUUCAAUUUCAUAAUAAAAAUAUGACGUGUACAAUUUGUUUCUUAGCAAAUAUGACGUAGCAUAAAACUAAUAUUUUUCUUAAAAAUCGUAUGCUCGAACUAAACUAAUAUUAUUAUGAUUGGAUUGUAUUAUUUAAGGUAUGUAAUGCCAAUUUCUCGUAGUUAUGUAAGUAGAUGACUUUACAAAUAAAAUUUUACACGUUA